AUGGCCACUAAUCUCCUCACUUUCCCCCCUGCCGGAAUCCGUGCCUGUGCCUCCUCCGCCGACCGCCGCUCAGACCAUAGCCGUCGCAAAACCUCAUCCUCUUCCAACUGGUGGGCCCCCGUCUUCGGCUGGUCCUCCGAACCCGACUAUAUUGACUCCGGCAACAAGGCUGAACCUCAGAACCUUGCCGGCGGUUCUUCCAAGCCAGAUCUGGAGACGAAAUCCCUCAGGGGUCGAUUUUCCCCUGGAUGCUUCACGGAAGCGAAGGCUCGGCAGCUGCGAAUGAUGACGACGGAAACGGAGUCGUUUCACGACGUUAUGUACCACUCGGCCAUCGCAUCUCGUCUGGCUUCCGACUUCAAAAGUCGCGAAGAUUCUUGA